GCAUAAAAAUAUAGCUCUGUGAAAUAUGUUGAAAUGAAAUAAAAGAUAAAAGUCCAGGGUUUGCCCCUAUUAGCCGUACCUUCUAUUUAUAGGCAGGAUACUUCAAUUAUCUCACAUGAAUAGUAAAUAUUUUAUCAAUCUAUUAUCUGAAUUCAAUAAAAAAGGAUAACCUCUACUAACAUAGUGUUACGAUGGCAGCAGUAUCUUUCAAGAUGUGGGGUACAGUCCUACCUAUUCUUAUUAGCGUUGGUGUUGUGAUUACUGGCUUUGUUGUUUAUCGUUUUUUGAAUUCAAAAACAGAACGUGAUCAAACUGGAAAGUCAAAGAAAAAAAAAGUUUUACUUGAGGAUGCUCAGGUCAAGUACAACAUACCUCUUAUCGAAAAAGAAGAGCUUACACAUGAUACCCGAAGAUUCAGAUUUGCGUUGCCAUCCGCUGAACACGUUCUAGGACUACCAAUAGGACAACAUAUUAAUAUAAUUGCUAAAAUCGAAGAUGAACUAGUCAUUCGUUCCUACACACCAGUUUCGUCAGACGACGACAAGGGAUACAUUGAUUUGGUUAUCAAAGUUUAUUUUAAAAAUGUGCACCCUCGAUUCCCAGAUGGAGGAAAAAUGACCCAAUAUCUUGAAAGUUUAAAAAUUGGUGAUAAUAUUCAAGUAAGAGGACCUUCAGGAAGAUUGCAAUAUGUUGGUGAAGGUGAAUUUGUAAUAAAAAAACUUAGAAAGGAUCCACCUCAAACAUUGGUAGUAGAUAGUAUAUCUAUGAUUGCAGGGGGAACUGGCAUUACCCCUAUGCUCCAACUUAUCAGAUAUAUAAUUAAGCAUGAUAAAAAAAAUAUUAAAAUGGCUCUCAUAUUUGCCAACCAAAAUGAGAGGGACAUUUUAGUUAGGAGAGAGUUAGAGGAAGUGGUCGACUCUCAUCCUGAACAAUUCAAAUUAUGGUAUACUUUGGAUAAUGCACCUUCAGGGUGGAAAUAUAGUACUGGAUUCUUAAAUGAGGAGAUGAUUAAAGAUCAUCUCCUUCCCCCAUCAGACAAAUCUGUUGUUCUUAUGUGUGGACCUCCACCAAUGAUCAACUAUGCCUGCCUGCCAAAUUUGGAAAAACUUAAUUACAAUAAAGAUUUGUGUUUUGCUUAUUGAAAUAUAUAUUUAUUUAAUUUUAUUUGUGUUGGCCCAAUAUCUGGAAAGUAUUAGAUAAUUAAUUUGUUUGAAUGUUAUUUGGAGGUUGUUUUCAAAUUUGUUAUUUUAUUAUAAAAACUGCUAAGUUGAUUUUUGUUCAUUGCAAAUUGUUUAUAAUCGGUGUGUUUUAAUUUUACUACAUUCUAUUUCAAGUUGAAAUUUGUUUUUUGUGAACAUUGAAUAAAGUUAAGUAUAUGGUA